UUAUCAAUUGAAUAUUCAUCAAGAGAUCACAUUGUUUCAAAGUUAUAGAUCAAUCUCUUACGACCUGUACGGAGUGUCUAGGUCAAGGAUGUUUAUCGACCGACCAAUCAGAUCGAUGCUAACAAAAACUUUUGAUUAUCAGAAUUUUGCAAAGCAAUCAAGAAUUACAAUGCUUUCCUCUCUGUUCAAAAGAUCCUUUUCUCAUUCAAAUGAAUUUUUGAUACGAGGUGAUUCUUAUGCCAUCGGUUUCUUCAUUCGCUCUUUAUCAACCAGUCCCAAGAGCUCUGCCAAGCAAGCCCUGAAAAAACGUUCGACGCAAAGAACGUCUUUGUUAACAAAAAAACCGGCAAAAAGAGCAAAUUCCCUUCGAGGAUCGUCGCUCGCUAAAAACCAUCCGCCUGGAAAUCGUCCGACGGCUCCCAAGCAAGUAUCAAAGAAAACACGAGGCUUCAUUCCCGCAAAAUUCAGAUUGCUUCCAAUCGAAAGUGAUGUUAGACUUGGAACGGUAGGGAGGAAAGGUCACAAAGAAUCAGCUGAUCUUCAAAAUUCAAUUGGUGUCAAAAGUGGAAGAUCAACUACGCAAACAAUCAAAGAUAUGACUCGAGAGGAACAAAUGAAACUUUCGCGUGUGAAAAAAAAACACGCAAGCUGCGAAGAUUUUCGAUUGGAAGAUUAUACGUUCGAAUCAUUCGGCCUACUACCAGAAGUUUACGAGGCAAUAAAACAAGGACCGCUGAAAGGAACUCAUCCAUUUAUGCCCACGGAAAUUCAAGCGUUAACUAUUCCCGAGAUAUUAAGAUCUGACAAUAGACACAUCUUGUGUGCAGCCGAAACUGGAACCGGCAAGACCUUGGCCUACUUGGUGCCCAUAAUAAACAAACUAAAAGAGGAGGAGGAGACGAAAGUAGAUGUAGGUUCGGAGAAUAUGGAUAAAGGCAUUCCAUCGGUUGCUGACGUGCUUCAGAAGGAAUUGGAAGAAGAAAAGCAACUCAGAGCCAUGACAAAAUCGACGAUCCGAAAUUUCAAUCGUCCCCGAGCGGUUGUCCUUUUACCAUCGCGGGAGCUAGUUGUACAGGUCCUGUCCGUGGCAAAACAUCUGUCGCACCUCGCAAAAUUUCGGGCGAUCGCGGUAACUUCACAUAUGGACCGAAGUUUUGUCAAGAAAACCUUACAGAUGCCAGUUGACAUAGUGGUGGCGACACCAAAAGGGCUUCUGGACUACGUGAGUAGCAAGCUGGUUAACUUGACCGACACCAAAUACCUUGUGAUUGACGAGGCGGAUACAAUGUUUGGCAAAGGGUUUGGGGAGGAAGUCGAGGAGGUAAUUAUGAAGGUGAAGGACCAUGGUCACAGGCAAAGUAGAUCGUGUCAAGUGAUCGUCGUGUCAGCAACUUUGCCAAAGGCCGUCAACGAAAUGUUGACCAAAGAGUUUCCAUUCAUGAAAAGAAUCACAAGUCAUUCACUCCAUAAAGCAUUACCAAAUCUCCGGCACGACUUUAUCGAUAUGAAGGAUUACAAUUUUAACAAGAGCGCCGCCGUUCUGGAUGUUUUGAAGAGAACCCACAACCCAAAUGCUAGCACCAUGAUAUUCUGCAAUACACGGGUUAGCGCGAUGGCACUUGAAAGUUUUCUGAAAUCCAAGAAUCUUCCGGUGAUUGGGUUGUUCGGUGACAUCGACGAACGAACCACGAAACUUGAGGCGUUUCGUAACCAAAAUCCCGAUGUCAGGAUACUGGUGUGCACAGAUUUGGUCUCGAGAGGUGUUGACACCACGUUCGUAGAACACGUGAUCCUAUACGACUUUCCUACAACGGCGGUGGACUUUUUGCACCGAGUGGGUAGAACGGCUAGAGCCGGUAAAGGUGGAAGGGCCACAUAUCUCAUUACCAAGAAGAAUGCAACACUGGCGAAUAGGAUCAAGAGAAACAUCAGGGACAGACGAGUGUUGUCGUAA